AUGGCGGCCGUCGCCAUAGAGAGCCAUUUGCCUUUACAACAUCUUUUCAAAGACAUAUCGCCGAAGUUUGACCCUACAGAGUCGAAAAAUGUUGUACAAUCUUUGAAAAAUAAUUAUGGAGGUAAAUUUUAUUCGCUAGGGAGUCACGAUUUAUUGCAAUGUUUGCAACUUCUUGCGAAGCAUGGCUAUGUGUCUGGAGGCAAAAUGAAACUAAUCGAAGACUACGUUGCUCCGAAAUCAAGCAAAGAAGAACUGAUCAAAGAAGAUAUAAGAAAGUUCAAGGCCUCUCGUCCAGCUGUUAAAGAGGAGGAAUUUCAAGGGCGGGACGAUGACAUUAAGGAGAUCACCGAAAAACUGGAGUCAAAAGAGGUCCCAGUUUUAAACUUGUUUGGUUCUUCCGGUGUUGGAAAGACAAGACUCGCCAACGAAGUUUGCUCACAGUGGCGAGGAAAUUAUCGAGUCUUUGAUCUUAGAGACGUUAAGAGUAUAAAAGCGAUGUAUUACCACAUUCUUAGUUCCCUUGACCUUUCUGUUCCAGUCGGUUUCGUGAACCUGAACUAUGUUGUAAAAAAAGUUCGCGAUAAGAUCAAAGAUUUGAAAAGUGGAGAGCAUUCCGUUCUGUUCUUGCUCGAUAAUGUGGACCGGUUUGCCACUGGACAAGAAAUGGAUGGGAAGAGCCUAAAAACAGACUUUGUACAGUUCCUCGGACAACUUUUCGAACUCGAUGGCAAAGGAGAAAGAUGUGCAUUAAAGCUGCUGCUCACAUCGAGGAUUGAGUUCACAAAUGCCAAACUGGUGGAUAAUUUCCAAGUGAAGUCUCUCAAAACGUCAUCUUCAGAGAAAAUUCUUUUUCCUGCGGGAUCGACUGGUGUUCAAGUUCACCAGAAAGAUAAUCUAAUCGGUAUCUCUAAAGGAUUCCCAAUUGUUCUCAAAGGAAUGGGUGCUAUUUUGCGCCAGGAAAGAAAAUCUGCCGAUGACCUUAUUGCUGAAGUUGCUGCUACUCCAGAGAAAUCAAAAGUACACGAGGAUGCUGAAGAAAUGUCAGUUAGUUUUGAAGAAGAAGGAGUUGAUGCAGGUCAGAUAUCUGUAAUCAGAGAAAUGUUUGCUACACUUCCAAGUGACCGUUUAAAAGUGACUGCAGUAGUAAUUUCCUUGUUUCAUGGGCCAUUCUCUGUGGCAACAGCCUCCAAGGUUCUCGGUAUUGACCAAUCAGAGGCUCUUGCACAGCUAGAGGGUCUUGUGGCCAGUGCAAUAAUUUCUGUAGUCGAUAAAGAAGCAAAAGAGAGGAAAUAUGACAUUCAUCCACUCUUACAAAAGUAUGCUGACAGUAUCAAGAGUGACGAACACUUUUCCGCAGCCUACAUGAAAGCAAAGGGACGCUAUUACGAACUCUUUAUGUCCAGGAUGAAGAAAAUAGCGAAACUUAUAGAUCCCGAGUAUGUCAAAGCAUUUCAUUUGUUUGACACUGACAGGGCAAAUUAUGAGUUUGUUCUUGAGAUCUCCUUACAACCAGAAUAUUUCAAAGUUCCAGGUGAAUUUCAUGAGAAUGCUUUGAUUGCAUCACUUUUCAUAGCAAUGCUGACUGAAGGCAAAGUAGUUACCCUGUUUCAUUCCUGGGCUGAGAUGUGUGAAGAUGAUGGAAAAUCAGGUAAGGGUCAUAAUGGAUCUGACUGUCCUAAUGCUUGUCUUUUGUGUCAUAUUUAAUUGGAAGAAAUUGAAUAAUGAUUCUCAUGUUGUCUAGGAGACAUUUUGUCAAGAGUCAUAUCAGUAGCUCAUUGGCAUGGGUAAAAUUAACAAUUGGAAGCUUAUUUCCACUCCUAAAAGAGGAAUUAAGUAUUUCAGCUUUAAUAAUAAUGCAAAAAUUCAUAAUCAUGUUCUGCUGACAGAUAUGAUUCAUGUUUUAACCUUUAACUCCCAAGAUCUGAUGUUUAAUUCUCCCCUUUAGCUGCUAAAUAUUUCCUUGUGAAUUAGUUAUGAGAACUUGGUGCUAGAUCAAGAUAGCAGCUUCUACCUGUUAGGUUUGAAUAUUCCCAAGAUCUGAUUGUUAAUUCUCCCCUCUAGUUGCAAAAUAUUUUCUUGUAAAUUGGUUAUGAGAACUUAGUGCUAGAUCAAGAUGGCAGCUUCUACCUGACAGGUUUGAAUAUUUUCAGUACCUGUUUGCUGAAUAUUGUAUGGAUAUUUGGAUAUUAUAGGGAGAAGUUUCAUGUUAAUCACUUGUGAGGAUUAAAGGGUUUACCCUUUACACCUUAACAUCAGUAUGUAUAUUCUCCAUACUGUUCUCUUAAUAUUUUCUAAGAUCCUGAGGAGGAGAAUUUUUUACAAUCAAGAGCUUCUUUAGUCGGGGAAACACAAGUGUGAUGCUUUAGGGGAAAAUUAGAUGUUAGUCACUCAUAGGGAAAAAUGAGUUAAUUCAUUUGUUGCACUUAAAAUGCAGCUGUUGAAAAGUAGAGUUGCCAUGACAAUUGGUUCCAUUGGGCUAGAUACAUACAAACAUAUAAUUUGCUUGAAAGCAUAGACCCUUUAACUCCCAAGAUCUUAUUAGUAAUUCUCAUUACUGUCUGCUAUAUAAUUCUUGUGAUGUUAUGGUUCAGAGAAUUUGGCACUGGAUCAACUAAUAAUCCACUAAUUGAUAUAGUUCUUUAUUCUCACUGCUUGUCUCCUUGAUACUGUAUUGAUAUUGUAAGGAGAAAUUCUGCCUUCAUCAUUCAUGGUAGUUAAUGGGUUACGUUAAAGCCUAGUCCUUCCUUUUGCCUGUACAUCCUGUUACCUCAUAACAAAAUAAAAUAAUUUAUAGAUUCAAUGUUUCAAAAACUCAAAAAAAGUAGAGUUGUGAUGACAAUUGGUCCUGUCAUUUUAGAUAUUUGUUAUCUGCUUUAAAGCAUCAAGUUAAAGACUAGUCCAUCCUUUAGCUAGUAAAUCCUGUUACCUCAUUACUAUAGACCAAAUAAUUUAGAUUCAAUGUUCAAAAAAAUAAAAAAAUAAUAAAACUCAGAGUAACUUAAAAUGUUUAUCCUUCUGAGAGAGCUGACACUAAAAGUAAAAUUUUUUUUACUUAUAUUUCUUGAACAACUUAAAUGUGAAUGUAAUGCAUCUUGCAGUGUCAGAGAUUAGAAUGAAUGGGUAGAUUUUGUGUUUCUAAGUUGCUGAAGUUGUAAAGACUUGAAUAGUACACUCAUCUGCCCCAUUUGAGUUAAAAGUUAAAACUUCUGACUACCAUUUAAAUUAAGCAUUCAUUGUGGUACUAUGUGCUUAUCGGAAGUGGAAUGUUUUUAUUCCAGAGUUAUAAAAUUUAUUUUAAAAUUUUGGUUACAAUUCAUCUAUUUUAGUGCUUAUAAAACUUCAAGCUUAUAACCAGUACCAUAGCUGUUAACACAUGAAAGACAGGAGGCAGCACCGAGGUGAAGUGGUCAAACUGCUGGACUUAAUGUAAAGUGAUGGUAUCAGAUUAAUGUAUGAUAUCUGCUACUUACCAGAUUUGUUAUUGAAAUCUGUUCUAAAAGGGCAACCAGAUUACUUCUCACCAGCUGGGAAUUCAUACCACUUUAUGUUCAUUUGGUAUUUCUUUGGUAACAAUUUGAUUUUUUUUUCUCUUUUUUUUGCUUUCUAUUGUUUUUCUAAUUCCAAUAUUAUGGUCAUUAGUGUCAGAACAUUUAUAAUAUGUUAAUUAUCAGAACUAUUUACAACACUAUGUAUAGUUUAGACAGAGAUUGCAUGCUGCCAAUGACAAAAUUAUUUGUUUAGAAUUAGAAGUAUGUAAGAUGCAAUUGGACUCAUAAAGCAAAGGCAAACACAUGAAACAAACAAAAAAAGUAAAUGAUGCAUUUACCCUUUAGCUCUCAGCAGUGAUAAACAUGUAACUUCUCCCCAUAAUAUCAAUACAUGUUCAAGCAUACAGGUAAUAAGAAUACAAAAACUUAUCAGAUAAAAGUUGUUAUCUUGUCAGCUAACAACAAAUUCUCAUGACUAAUUUGGAAGGAGAUGUUUAUAUUAGCACCUAAAGGAGAUAAUUAACAAUCAAAACUUGGGAGUUAAAGUUGGUUAACAAACAAAUUACAAGUAACAACCAUGAUCUAGAGAAAUUUUCCAUGAGUAAGGAGGGCAAUCCUGGAUUGUUUUAUUUUUGCUUACUUUACUCUGUGAUCGGUCCAGAAAUCUUGUAGCUGCACAACUUUCUUGCACCUGCACUUUCUAAACCAAUCAGGUGCAAAAGUUAAACCAAUCACAACUUGGUUGCUUGCAUUAUUCCGCACUUUAGGUGUUUGGUUGGUUUUAUUUUAGUUGGCUUUUAAAGGUGUUUGCCUUUCUUUUAACUGGCCAUGGUAAUUACCUUGGUUUUGGGUUUAAAACACUCAAUUGAAAAACACUCUAAUCAUUAAGAAUGAAUGCAAUUCUCAAUAAGAUUUUUAUGUAAUAGGUUCUCUUGGUAGAACACAGCUAAAGUGCUGGGAAGCCUUGCAAGUUGCAGACAUUCAUGGAACAGAGAAAGGAUUUGAAGUACUGAAGGAAGCUUUGGGUUCAAUGGAGAAAGUUGAAGAUCAAUCCACUGACACUUUCAAGCUCACUAAAGCCCUUUACUUGCACACUGAAGGUGAAAUCCUUUGGAGAAACAUUGAUUACAAGAAAGCUCUUGAAAGCUUGCAGUUGUCCUUGACAUUCUCAGAGGAGCUGCUAAAAGAGCAUACAGAUUUGGCAAGGUGCUACAAUGCUGUUGGAAAUUGUUACUCCCGCCUUAACCAGCCAACGGUAGCACUUGAGUUCUAUGAAAAAGCCUACAACAUGCAAAAGAAAUUGGCUGGCUCUGAGUAUCAUGUUCAUAUGCCAAUGUACAAGCACCAAAUUGGCACAGCAUAUCAGGGUCUCCAAAAGUAUGACAAGGCGGUUGAAUAUUACAGAGAUGCAUUGAGACUUCUGGAAGAACUCAAUCUUUCAGGUUCAGGCGAUGAAGCGCACUUUUGCAGAGAAAUUGCCAAUGCCCUUCUGUGGCAGGAGAAAUAUUCAGAAGCAGCUGAACCUGCAAUGCGUGCUUACAACAUUAGGAAGAAACUUCUCAAAAAUCACCCACUUACGGUGCGCAGCAUUUUCCAACGAGCUAUCCUUCAGCACCGCUUGCAAGAUUAUGAUGGAGCCUUGAAACUUUACCUUGAAGCAUGGGAGAUGGAGAAGUCACUUGAUGUUGGGAACCACAGUGAGGUGUGGCAAAAAAUUAUCACUGGUGUGGAGGACAUGUGUGACUUUUUGAAGAAUGGAGAAAAGAAACAAACAUUUAGAAAAGAUGCUUUGAAGUUUUGUAAACAGUUUUGGAUAGAAAAGAAAAAGUAUCCACGAUUUGCUUUUAUUGAUUCUAACAAGGACAUUAUUGAUACCUUGAUGGAUCUUGUCAGUGAUGAGAAUGACAAGUAUGAAUUGCAAAAAGAACAGCUUUGGUUCUAUGAGGGUAUGUACAAUGCCACCAGGGAAGAACUUCAAAAGGUAUGUGACCUGGAAACUGAAAGUGAUACACUUCACUACAUGUUGGAAGAAAUGACCAAGCUUCUUAACCAAAUGAUACACCUUUGUCAUCAACUUAAGGAUUACAAGCAGGAGGAACUAUACACAAAUGAAUUACAGGUGUGAUGGUUUUAACUUACAUUGUUUCUUUAUUAACUACCAUACUGAUUACAAGUUUAUUUCUACAGUAUAUUUGAUCCAUCUCCUAUCACAAAAAUUACCUGCAUGCUCUACUAGAAGUUUCUUUCGUAGUCACUGGUAGUCUGCAACAAAAAGCUUUAUUGCCAAUUUAUCAAGUGGUAACAACAACAGCUUGUUAUAAGCUCCCCUUACAUGUAUGUACAAAUACUAAACAUUGUAUAACAUUUCAUAUGAUUUCAUGAUAUCCUAUCUUUAAAUCAGCUUGCAUUCAAUUUGUUAACUAAGUGCAUGACUUAUGGUAUACAUAACACGGUAAACAAUAGAACAUUACAGAAUUUUCUAGAUCGUAUUCUACAUUAUCUACACUGACACAGUAUUAAUACAUUAACCCUUUAACUCCCAUGAGUGACCAAGACAGAAUUUCUCCUUACAAUAUCAAUACUAUAUCAACCAGAUAAGAGAUGAGAACAAAGAAAAAUAUCAAUUUGGGGAUACUUAAAUGAUCCAAUAUUAAAUUCUCUGAACUAACAUUAUAUGAAUUUUAUGGUUGACAAUAAGGAGAAUUACAAAUUUGAUCUGGGAGUUAAAUAUACCAAUACCAAAUUCUCCAAACUAACAUCACAAGAGCUAAAUGGCAAACAGUAAGGAGAAUUAUGAAUGAGAUCUUGGGAGUUAAAGGGUUAACCUUUCAUUAUGACAAAGUAGGAAAACCACAAAGUAACUUAGCUUUUUUAGAUCAGUUACAAUGUGAUAACCAAAGACUUUUCGGUAACAUCAAUUUCAGUGCUUUAACAUAAAAAUGACAUCACCAUGGGCAAUUUAAGCACCACAUGAAGUCAAGGUCAUUGCAAAAAAAAUUACUGGUAAAUUAACUGAUAAUUGAUUGCAUUCACACCCACUAUAAACCUCUUAUAAGAAAAUUAUAAUUGUAUGAACACUUCUUUCCAAAAAAAAACACUUGAACCUAUUUUUCAUAGCCACAAAAACAGCAAUUUUCAUGAUAUGUUCUGAGGUCAAGUUGUAUUCUGAGGUCAUGAGGUCUCAGAAUGACAUGAUUUGAUUUUCUUUGACAACAAAUAUUUGUUAGAGUCCCAUCAUUUGUGAUUGGAUAUGUAGAAUCCACUGGCACUCCUAUCUUUGCAGAGUCAAUAUCAUCUUGUUCAUGUAGUUAUACUACAUUUAAAUGUAUAUGAAUAUUUAUAAUGGUAAUUGAACUGAGUGGAGUGUAAUUUGGUCUGAAACCAUACAAAAUUGAAUGAGUGCACAGCACAAGUUUGAUUAAAUUUUGGAAUCAAAAGUAGGAUUUCAGAACAAAAUUCUACAACACAUAGUUCAAAUACCACUUUAUUACAUUAUUUUGAAAUUGCAAAAUUCAAGCCCUCGAUAUAUUUUUUUGAGUCUGUGCUGAUUUGUAAAAAGUUGUUGUCACUCAUUUUCCUUCAAUAUGAUUGACCUUUUUAAAUCAAGCCUUGAAACUUGGUUGGUUAAUGUGUUUUAGUAAGGCUGUCUCACUAGCUGAGAAAAAGAUGCGAUUUUGAGCAUAAAAUAGUGCAAUAUGUGAAUAAAUCACACCAGUGACAGCCAAUCAAAUCACACAGAUCACAAGUGAUUUCAAAAUGGAUGUAAUAAAUAUGUAUAUCCUAUUCAUUUUGUUGUAUAUUGUUAUAUAAACAAUAGCCUCUAUUCUGACUGAAAAUAUGCAAGGAUACUUGUCUGCAGACAUUUCCUGUUCUGGGAUGUAAACAGUUCUGGAGGAAUGAAGUUCAAGGAAAACUGUGAGCUCUGAGGAACGAUGACGUCCAAGGACAAAUAUACAAGUAUAUUUUCAUGCCAAAUGGAGGCUAUCAUCUUUAUUACUCUUCAAAUAUUUUUGCAAUGUAUGGAUAAAAUUUUUGUGAACAAUUUACUGUUUGGGGAUGUUUAAUUUUCAGUGUCCUAAGGUAUGACUUGGUAAACAAACAAACAUGUCCCUUCUCUCAUCUCCAAUCAAAUUUUAAAUGAAUCCUUGUGAUGUAAUUAAGCCAAUUGUGCGCAGGCAGAAACAUUUGAUGGAUUAUAUUUACUGACACAACACUAACCACGAAAGCUACAUACUUUGUGUUAAUACCAUACUUUGAAUUUUUCAGGCUGUAAAAGAUGGGAGAGUUCCAGAGGUGACAUCACACUCAAAAGGUACUAAACCUUACAGUUGUUUGACAUAUUUCAGUAGCAUGCUUUUAACCAAUAUGUAAAGAUACAUUAAUUGUUUCUAGUUCUAAAUCUUUUCUAGCAAGAAUACUAGUAUACAUGUACAAUCCAAAUUGAAGUCAUGUAGAGCUGAAGAGGAUUUCAUAGCUACAUGUGUACACAGAUCACAAUAAGUAAUCAAAAGGGUUGAACUGCGACUACUUUUCGCUUAACUUUUGUCGAACAAUUUUGAAAGUAUCAAAAAAAUACAAUUUUUGCAUUAUUACUUGUGUAAGAAAUUUCUAUCCACACUUUUCCAGCCGAUGGAAUUUUCCGCACGGCUUCUCGUUUCACAAAUUAGACUUUCAUUUCGCAAAUUACAGAUUCCUCAUAUAAAAAAUUACAGAUUUCCAUUUCAAAGAUUUCCGAAUUUUUCAAAAUAACAGAUUUCCAAUCUGUUUCGUUUCGCAAGUUACAGUAAGCCCAAUGCAACACUUAAACGUAACGUAACGAAACAAAUAGUUCCAAUCAUAAUUUUAGGGGAUAACUGUGUUCAUGUGAUAAUUAAUCAUAACACUUAUUGGGCAAGAGUAAUACAAAUGACUGCUGUCUGGUACCAGGUCUCGAAGCCAUGUCUUAUUCGGCCACGUUUUAGCUUUCAUUUUGAAGGUCGUCUGUUUAUGUUUUAGGAUGAUUUGUUUCCUUCGAGACCACAUCUUAAUUGUUUUCACUGGUAUGCUUAGUCCUAGAUUUCAUACAUACAUUCCGUAGUACAUGUUUGGCCCGAAAUUAGCAGUCAUCGCCUCUAAAGUCCUCCGCUACUAAUCCUCACAAUUGUCUAGCAGUCCGCCAUUUUUAAUAAAAUGUUUACUCUCCCCAGACUCCUCAGCGGCAUCAGUACUCGUUACCACGCUUCGCGUGGUAAAUGGGUGUUGAUUCAACUUUUUUUGGCAAAAAAAAUCAGAAUUGUAAUUCAGUGAAACCGAUGACUUUAGAGUAAGAUAACAAACAAAAGUGGUUGGGUUAAAAUACCACAUUUGAUGUCUUCUGAGAUAUGAGUUAUUUCUCAAAACUUCUUAUUAAGUAUUAAUGGUUUCGAUUAUAUUUAUAGCAAGGGACUUCUGCAAUUUUGCAAAACGUCUUAUUUACAAUCGGAACAAAAACAAAACCAGAGUGCCUUCAAUCAACAUAGCUUCAUACAUUCAAUGUGCAAUUUGGAGUUUAUGAUCUUUUCGUGUAGCAUGCGCGCUGUAAGCUUGUAUUUUAAAAAUCUUCGCUAUAUCUAAGCAUUGAAGAGCUUGCUAUUGGUUUUGAUGAUUUUGUAAGCUCCUAUUAAAACAGAGGCAACAAGAGCAGUUUAGAUAAAAGGGAAAAGAUUGAACGGGAUAUCUGGAUUACUACCACAGAGUUUGCGUUUCCUGCGUUGAAAUUGAAGUACCCUUCAAAGAGAAAAGCAUUGCGUGAGGCGUCGUUUUCUUUGCCACGAUUUCUCUUAAUUUUCCUUCACAUUUUCUGCUCAUCCAUUCAAUUGUUCAGUUGUUAAUAUUGUUGUCCUUGCGGAUUGUAAAUUUUCUUUCAGGCGCCUUGAUUGGUCUCUCGCGCUUUUUGAGAGUUGUAUUGAGAAUCAUUUACUUGAUCACAAAAUCGAUCAUAGAUUCAUUCUUUUCGCAGUUAAACCUUGCUGAUAGUUACAUCAUAAAAGCAAUAUAACACAUUUUCUUGCGUUGUAUAACAUGAUAAACCCACUUGGAAGAUAUUGGAAGAACAUUUGAGAAGCUUAGCCCUCGUAAGAGUAAAUCGCUCAGACAGAGGCCAAUGCCAGCUUCAGAAUCCCCCUACGGUGGCCACGUUACAUUAUCAGUUCGGUUGAUGACACCAAACUAUCCUAUGUUCAAUCAUCUCAUCAGUUACCUUGCUUGCUAAACGACUUAUUACAAAUCUGUCCUGGAUUGGGAAAGAACAUGCCUUUUCUUUGUCUAAUCACAUAGCUCCAGAAGAAGAGAAGUCACUUGAGGUAGAAGAAUUUUCCUCCAGAUCAACUGAUCAAGACGGUCGCCAGAAGGAGGAGGCUGCAAGAAAAGUGGAUGAAAGAAAGACUGUCAUCAAGAGGUGCAGUUCAUUUGCAUGUAGUCGUUCUGUUAUCCCACUUUAUUGGAAUUGUAUAUAAAAAAAAUUUAAUAAGUUAUACAAUUGCCCCUAAGGGUGGCCACUAUGCAAUUUCUACACACGACAUCACCCCUGAAUCAAACUUUAAGGUCAGGAAAAUAAAGAAAAUGAUCACCCUCCAAUGUAGCUCUAGAUUUUCAAAAGAAUUCUCCUCGUCAGCAACUUAAGAAAUUUUUUCAGAAUAGUUUGGAGAAAAUAAAAACUGCAUGAUGUCAGGGUGUAAAAGGUUAACAUGAUUUGCGAAUAUUUGCGUGCAAUGCACAUUAGCGACAUAACAAUCAUAUUAAGCUGAGCUUAAUAAAAGAAAAUUUUUCCCUGAGUAGAAUGAACCAUGAUGGUCACAUGCACAAUUGAGAAUUUCGGGAUUAAGAAAAGAAUGGCUAUUUUGAGUGCUGUUCGUAAAAUUUUAAAUAGAAUGUUAUUGACUCUCUUACUUGAUGAGAUAGCUUAGAUACAAUUUGCAUUACAAUUACUCAAAAGCCUACAAUUUACAAACUUACAAAGUAAGUCCACACUUAUUUAGAAGAAUCGUUGCUUCACUGAAUUAGGUACUCUCAAUUCGCGACAUUCGAAAGCGUUGUAUUAGCUAUAGUCUGGUGAUCUAAGGCGUUUUUAAGUUCUUCCCCAAUAUCCGUCCUACGUUAUUUACACAACGAUAGACCUAUAGAAAGUGUAGUCUUAAGUUGCUUAUAAUUUAUUCUUUAACAGCAGUAUUUUUAUAGUUUAGCAUUCCUGCAGAGGGCUAAUAAAUUUUCAAAAAGAGCCGAUUCUGUCGCAUAUUCACCCGCAAAAAAGGUAUAAAAGACGCCGUUUUGGCCUUGCCCAACGAAGUAGACUGCAUCUUCGUGAUUUGGUUAUUUGAUAGUGACAUCUCAUCCGGAAUGUCAACCCUCGAGCAUAAAAUAUCAAAAUGUUACGUUAUGCAUAAGCUUUUCGCCGAUGGAGUAAGAUACAGACAACCAAUUAAUAAAGUUAGCCCAUCACUGAAGUUGAUGAGACCGAGUUUAAAGAGCUGCAAAACCGUCUUGAAAGAGAAACUCACUUUACAUUCAAGAGGAAACAUGAUAAGCGUUUUCACUCAAACAAAGGCUUGAUAAAUGUAAUUUUGUGAUUAUUUCAGAGGUAAAAUUGCAGACGAGUCAGAGACUUGGAAUCUUGCAAAAGCUGGUGCAUCCAUCACAUUUAACCUUGGAGCGAUAACAAAAUCCUUGACCAUAACAUGUUCAUUAUGGACCCCCGCAGCCCUUUCUCCGCCCAUUGGUAGCAAUGAGCUCUUGGUAAGCAAUGUGAUUGAACUGUCUUAUGAUGGCCCACCUGAUCUGGAGUUCAUGGAAAAUGCUUCGGGAAGCAUAAAUGUAGCUUUGUUGCACAGUGCCUCUAACUUCAAAGGAUACGAGGUGGUUAUCAAGCAGUUGGUUGACUCCGAAUACAACGAGUGGGAGGAUUUGGAGACAAAAAACAUUUGGUAUUCGUCAGGUACUGAAAUAAUAAAUUUUAUCGAGGAGAUCCAUACACAAGUAUCAUUCCGUAUACUUCUUGCUAAUUUCUCAAUCCCUAGUUAGGAUUUUUUAAGGGAGAUGGGGAGCCGGCUUAGUGGUCAGCGCACGUAAUUCCAGAUCGACAUUUACAGUUUGAUGCUGGUGUGUUCUCGAGUAAAACUUAGAAUGGAUUAGAAUGACAACAUGGAAGUUCUCCCAGACAGACCUCCAGCUUGGUUAAUAGGGACUACUGAGUAAUAAUUGAAACGGAUUAUACCUACAGGAACGUUAUUAACAGUAUCUUUAUGUCGUGGUCGAGAUUCUCUUACACAGACCGCUCUGUGAGAAAGAUUUAAGUAAUAACCAUAACUAAUGAUAUCUAUUACAGUAUUACUAAUAAUAUUAUUAUAUUGCAGUACAUCCAACCGUCUCCAAUUGGACGUGCCCUUCGGCUGAAGCUUCUUGCUCGAAAAGGUGGUUUUCCUCGUUUGCAGCAGUCUGGCGCCUCAAGUCUUUUGUCUUUCCUAAGCCUAUGUCUAAGACCUCUGAGUUUAUUUGUUCACUGCCAGACUAUCCAAAUGUUAGUGUUGCGAUUCCGUGGAAUUCUUUGCCUGCCAAUACAGACUUUUCUUUAACUCUAAAGGUAUUUAUACCCGAUGUUGCAUUUGUAAGAAAUAAUAAUGAUGAUGAUAUGAUGAUGAAAUUUAUUGCCAUCAUUAUCGUUAUCAUUAAUAUCAUUAUUACUUUAUCGAUCAUUUGCUUCAAAAGACUUAAAUGGUGAUGACAAAAAAACAACUUAUUGCCGAGAGGAUGUUACCUUGAUAUAAAAUCAAAUGCUUUGACCUAAAUUACGACCAAUAACGGAUUUUAUGAAAACCAUCAUGUUAGUAUAUUCCGAGUGCAUAGAUUUUAGCUGAAAAAAGAAUGUUUAGUCAAAUCUAUUCAUCGUCCUUAUUUCAUUUGGGAAACUACUGGUAGCUAACAAGGGUACCUUGGGUUAUCAUAAAUUUUUGAUAUGAUUGUUUUGGCCCUUUUAAUUUGAGGUGCAAGAAGUGCCAACCAUUGACCACGAUGUGGAAGGAAUGUUUGUUGGUCCGAUUCUUCACAUUUCGUGCUCAAACAAUGUGAAGCUGUCAGCGCCAGCGAAAAUCAGCCUCCCGUUGGCACUCACGGACGGAGAAAUAGAGCCAGCUGAGCUGCAUUCAGGUCAAGUGAAGAUACUACAUUUAAAUUCGAGAGAGGAAUCACAAGAAUGGACGGACAUCACAGAUCAUUUGGAUAUGCCUGUAGUCCUUAGAGAUGGAAUAGUGACGUUUCAAGUCAAAACUUUCUGCGGGUAAGAUAAAGAUGUAGACCGAAUUUUUAUUUUAUAAACUGCGUAUAUUUAUUAUUAUAAUUUUUUCAUUUCUUGAAGUAAACCGUUAGUUUUAGAAACCAGAAGUUCGCUUUGCAAUUGUCGUGAAUCUCCAAAUUUCGUCAGUUCUUGUGCUAUGGGUUUCAAUGUGACAAUGAAUGCAAAAGAGCAAUGAAAAGUAACAUUGAUUGAUUAAUCAAUGUACACAAAGUAUUCAAGAUAACACAAACGAUUUACAUUGGAAGCUACUAAAAAUUAUAGGCCGUGAGGACCAUUUCCAAAUUAUACGCCUGAUUUUUGAGAUAUUUUGAUUCCACUGGCGAGUGAAUGGAGUAGGUAAAAAAUAAGAAGCAUCCAGGAAGCUAGAUAAGAAGGAUGCUUGAUGCCAAUUUUAUUGCAACAACUGUUCCUCGUAAAAAUUUUUGUUCUGCUGCACGUUGUUAUUCAUAUACAAACGUUUGAAAUCUAUUGUUUUCACACGCAGUGCUCUCCCUACGUGAGGCCCACCUACUUGUGGGUAAAGUAAUUCCGUCCCCCCCCUUCCCUCUGCUCCUUGUAUUCCUUUCCUUCCCCCCCUCCCCCCGACUCCUCCUCCUCCUCUCUCAACAUUUGCGUGAGGCUCUCGAGCUUCCCUAAGUUAUUCAAAAGCUGGCUUUACAAUCAAAAGUUCUCAUUGAAAAAAGUUUCUCUCUUGCCAAGUCAAAAAACCGGACUGAUUAAUUUUGAUUAAUUUUGAGCUGGGUAACUGACUUGGAUGGAUAAUUAAAACAUGUCAUGGUGCUUGUCGAGGGAUUAUUUCCCUCCAGCAAAUAUUUCUUUUCUAGAUGCCAACAUACUUUCUAAUAAGUAUAGAUGCGUCUUAAAACGUAUCUUUUUGGUUCAUGAAGUUUAGAAUUUCCUGCAUUUUCUUUCAGGUUUUGGCCUUUGUUGUUGAAGACGCUCACCAACAUUCCAUGGAAAUGUGUUACGCUCCUACACGGUGGAUUCAUGCAACAACACGCUGGGUUUUUAGCUUGCUUAUGUGAUGAUAUAGUAACCUCGAGAUACGUGCUAAAAAUGUUUUGCUUUCCGCAGCACCUGAGGUCCGGGUUGAAUAUCGAUAUUUCUUCAAAAUAUUUUGUGAAUAUGCAAGGAGAGGGAACCUCGCAGAAACCCCUAUCAUGCGGUGAUGAGACAUAUGUGUCUCUUUCAAAUGGAUUUGAGGUGCAUGGAAAAGGAAAUGUAAAGGACAUCGUCUUAAAGUAAGCACCAGCCCUACUACGUUUUAUCGUUCCAUCCUCAUCAUCCGGGUUGAGGAAGCGGCACUGUCCUUUUGACUCCUAGCUUAAGAUCAUAAGUCUGUUAACUUCUUUCCUUAAGAAAGCUCAAAAUGUUAGAGAAAUUUACACUUCAGUACUGUAAAGUUGAAUAAGUUCCUUAAGUGUGUUGUUCCUUCGUUAAGUUUGACCGAGAGAAAGCUAAAAUAACUUAAUAAAGAGUGUUUUUUUGCCGCUCACAAAGAUGUAGACCUAAGUGAUUCGGUAAAUCCGCUGUACUGGAAACCUAAGAAAAAAGUUGUUGUUCAUGUAAACUUUUGUUCCUUUUUUUUUGCGAGGUUUCUUCGUCACGACCCUUUUGAGCAGAGUCUGCGUGUUAUUAUUAAAGACCCGGGUGAUCUGCAAGUCGACUUCUUAAAAUUGCUGGGAGACAAGGAAAGAAAGAAUUCCCCAAUAUUAUGUCAAGUGCCCAUCAUUCCAAGAUCUCCAGUACAGGUAUUUACGAUACUGCUGUUUAAAUGCAUACUUCUGUAGUUUAAUUUAUUGAAAAAAAAUAUGGGGAUAAACAAAAAUCAGUGUACUGAUGUCGUAAAUCGCCACGCUCAAACGAAGUUCAUUAUUUUGCCCAAAAUACCAGGAACUCAAUCCCAACAAUGUGUUUAGAGUGAAAUCUCCAAUAUUUCAUUAAAGUAGUUGUACGAUUAUAAUGCAAAGGAAAGUCAAAGAGUUUUACCUGUAGCUUUUUGUCAAUGCUUUCUUCGAUUUACACAUUUAGCAGUUUCCAUCUUCCAACUGCCUUGCAACCUCAGCAGCUUUUCCAAAAAUAAAUUUAAGCUGUUCCGAAUAUUAGAUGUUAGUCAUGUUACACCACUGAACCAUACCUUUUGGAGACCACAGUCUUUUGGGUUGAAACUUGGGGUAUACCUGGCGCCGAAAGCAAGUGGCUACGCCCAUGUAUUUUCCAGAGACACUAACUUAGCAGCAUGAGUUCUUAAUCCAUUGAUAUAAAUGUGUUUACUUUUCCUGUAUACAUUAUUACUUGCCAAUCUUUCUUACACGCUCAAUAUGAAAUUUAACAUGACUGGGAUAAGCUUUGCUGUAUUAAUUUUACCAAAACAAAUCCAGUAAAUACCUAGGAAACUAAAGCGGCCACACCAGGAUCUGGCCUUCCGGUCCUUUGAUCAAGUUUUUUUUAAUACCGGUAGUAAUCUGGAAAGAGGGAGGUGCCUUCUUAAAAAGUAGACCUUUCGGGUUAAAUGAGCACUGCUGAGUAAACAUUAGUCUCGCAAAAUUAGCCAUCAAAAAGUUUCGAGUAAGAUAAUGUGGUCAUUUUAAGGCGGCGCGAACCUUAUUGAGGACGAAUCACCAGAAACCCAAGACUAGUGAAUGUCGUAUAGGUAAAGAAAUGUACAGGAACAUUAAAGACCUUGCAAGUUUUUGAUUAAGUGUACUUCUUUUACAUUUCAGUUGUUUUUAAGUCACUUUCUAUGCCUCUAUACUUAUAUAUUUUUAAUUUUUCUUCAUUAUUUAGUCCUUUCCUUUAUUUCCUCAUUUCUAUUCACUCCAUACGUACCCGUAAUUUUCCCUCCUUCUUUUAGCAUCCUACUCCUGUCACCUUUGAUUUUGAAGAAAGAAUUGGUAAGUUGUUUUUGUUGUUGUUGUUGUUGAUGGUUUCGUUGUUGUUCGAAUAAAUACAAUUUACUAGACCAGUCAUCAUUGUCCUAAAAUAUGCAAACUCAGAAAUGUGGGCUCUGUGGGUUUUGAACAUGUAUCUAGCAUGUAGUAACGAAGCAACGUGUUCUCGACGCAAUGUCAUAAUAACCUACCUUACUCCAUGCGUUAAUAAAUUAGGGCAUGCCCCCCUCACGCUCAAUAGUGAUGGCUCAAUGUCUCUGUUACGUAUCAGUAAACUCGAUACAGACCUUUACAGUACGUGCGUCCUUCCUUGGAAGGAAUUGGGUAAUGGAAAUGAGUAAAGCGAAAAACAGCUUGAGAAAGACACAAAGAAGUGUAAAUCUCUAAGAAAUUAUUCCGUUGGUUACUUGUUAAAAUAAUCGAUUAAUUCUAUCAGUGAGAAAUCCUUAGUAACCUGUUUUUGCUUUUCAAAUGAAAUCUUGGAUCGAAUAUGUUUCCUUAUAACAGCCCCCUUUGUCAAAUUUGUCACUGCUCAUUGUUACUUCAAAGAGAAAUCGAUAAGACUUGUGAACGCUGGGUCUUACUUGGAUCACCAUACUUAUCAUUUCCGAACCAUAUGCGCCAUAACACUUGCGUUAGUUCUCAACCGAACCAUCUCAUUAACUCCAUUAUUUUGCAGGUAUUUCCGCUCAAAGUGUGAAAGAUUCAAGUGCAAAGCAACCAACUGUGGAAUCAUCGUCAUGCAGCCCUGUUGCGGCUCCUAAGAAGAGGAAACGCCAAUCAGGUAAUGCCGAGAUUGAAAAUUUUGCGAUGGAUUUUCUUUUUUAUUGUAUUUUUUUUUCAAGUUUGCAUAUUGCUGUUACUCGUUUAUUUGUUUCAGCAGAAAGAUUGGCAUUAUAUUUAUUAGACAUCCUUCACACCCAGUUAUAAUGUGAAGAGGAUAAAAAAUGAGGAAUUAAAACGGGGGGCUAUCACUAAUCUAACACCCGUGUAUCUUGAACAGCUAUCACCUAUUCCAGCAUUAGCAGCUGAAGACUAGCUAUGACACGUUGCUAAUGAACUUCAUUUUCAAGAUGCUUGUCGAGCCAUACGCGAAUGAAGAGGUCACAAAUAGAUAACUAGUCAAAAAAAAAAAAACUUUCAAGAAUUUUUUUUAUGGGUUGGGAAAAUGGUACCCCUGCUGCUGCAAAUGUCUCCUCGCCUUAGCCUGACUGUCUUUAAGGCUGACGAUUCGGUAUUAAAUGAUACCAAAAAGAGAAGUCGCCUCUCGCCACAACUGUUCGCUAUUCGACAAAGCCUUGAAGCACCCCUUUUCUAAUUUUUUAUUCACCCUCCUUUGUUAUCCUCAGUUAUCCAUGAGGUUAAAGAUGGUGAACCAUCAGAUUGCGAGUUAGAGGAACUGUCUCAGGAACUUGGAGAAAAAUGGGAGGAAUUAGGAAGACGCCUGGGAUUCAACCAAGCUGCAAUAACUAACUUUGAUGAAGACAAUAAUAAGUUGGCAAAGAAGGCUUUUAAAAUGUUAAUGGCUUGGAAACAAAAAGAAGGCUGCGAGGCCACUUACACAGCUUUGUACGAUGCCUUGCGUCACAAAUUGGUGAAAUGUAAUCGUCUAGCAGAACUCUUUUGUUGCGAAGAAAUUGAAGACAAUGCCUCUCCUUAGUCUAAAUACUGAGUCGUUUCUGUAUUAUGCUAUGUGUCUUUGUGAGUACUCCAAAGAGCGUCUGUGUCAAGCAUUCGCGCUGAAUAAGUUGUUCAUUUUCCUUGCACUGGAAGAUUGGGAUAAAAUUAUCUUUAGAGAAUAGAUAUUUACUCGUAUUUUUUGCACUCAAGAACCACUGGCUAAAGAACACUGAGGUCGGAAUUCUCUCCGAUGUCCAGAACGACAGAGUUCAAUAACAUUUGUGCAAGCGUUAGACUGGCGCGGAAAACGGAUUUUGAGUCGUUUGCACGUUCUUUUCUCACCUGUUGCCUCGAGGCGUUGUUUCCUUGCCGCUUUUAUUUUAUAGAACAACUUCCAAAAAAUUUGUACACCCCCUAAAUAGUUUCAAAAUUUAAUUUUCUUCUUAAAAACACUGGAAACAGGAAAUUCCUUCAACGACAACAAAAUGCCUCGAUUUUAAAUUCCAGCCCUCAAUUUCUCUGCAAAUUUCGCUGAAUCUUAACCUCGAGCACUUGAGCCCGUGACGUAGCAUUUCGUUAUUCAGCUCUGUUUUCCAGAACGUGUUAAGCACAUUACCGCCGUGAAGCAUCUUAUUUAAUACUUAACGGCUUGACUUUAGAAUGCAUUUUCUCCUUACCAUUCUGUUCAUUUCCUAAGGAACAGACAUGGAAAAUUGGUUUAACAGUCAAGAACUUCCUAAGUUUUUCUGUGCUAAUUCACCUUACAAUAAAACAACCACAAAACACAAAACCAUUUUCAUGGAGAAUAAUAAAUGUGCAUCGGGCAACCAGCAC